UGAAGAGACACCGUUUUAAAUAAUGGAUGACUUGGCGUUAUCGACGAGAUAACUUAACGGUCGGUAAACUUACACCGAGCCUAAGAUUUAUUUCCGCCCACAACUUCGAAGUUAAAAUGGAGAGGGACUCCACCGGCACUGCAGAGAAGAUCGAGCCGGCUUCGCCUUUGAGGAAACAUAUUAAUGAAGACACCUGCGCAGCUGAUUCCCAUAACGUGAGCUCCCGGGAUGGCCCCUGUGGUACUACUGAUGUCGCAAAGGCCAGGUGGACUCUACUGAGACAGGUGUUACGUCAGAAGCAGAUGGAAAGUCCAGAGGUCAAACAGGUGUCUGUUCGCAGGUUUGCUACGUUUGACCUUUUCAGCAGGAAAAGGCUUUUGACACAAGACCCUGGUGAUACCUCAGAUGAGCAGUGGGUGGAGUACAGAAGUGUCUACUUUCCUGAGUACAGUGCCUUACUCAGGGAUAACCUGGGGCCUCUUAGGGUUAAUGAAGUGCUCAACAGUUUCGACAACACCGGUAAUGUCUGUGUGUGGCCAUCUGAAGAGGUGAUGGCUCAUUACUGUCUCCAGAAACGUCACAUGUUCAAGGGUGCAGUGUGUGAGUUAGGAGGAGGUAUGACUUGCCUUGCUGGGCUCAUGGUUGCCAUUUGUGCUGACGUGAAAGAAGUUCUGCUAUCAGAUGGGAACGAGAAGUCCAUUCAGAAUGUACGAGGGCUGGUUGAGAGAAACAGGCAAGCUGGAAAGUUUGGGUCAAUACAUGUAUCUGCCAGGGUGAUGAGGUGGGACUGUGAGUCAGACAUUUCAGGACUAGAGGGUCACUUUGACAUUGUCAUGUGUGCAGACUGUUUGUUUCUCGACCAGUACAGAGGCUGCCUGGUUGAUGCUAUAAGGAGAUUACUGCAACCCAACGGCAUGGCGCUGGUGUUUGCUCCACUGCGUGGUGAAACUCUGAGACUGUUUUGUCAACUGGCACAGCAGGCCGGACUCUACGUCUCUCAACACCAGCAGUAUGAUGCUCAGGUCAUGGAUGUUCACUUAAAGAUGCUGAGAGAGGGAAAAGAGGUAUACGAUGAGAACAUCCACUAUCCUCUCCUCAUCACCUUGACCAAAGGACCUCAACCUGUCAGCCACACUCAGUAAACCAAAACAAGUGAGCCCUCAGUUCCACGCACUACCACUCCACAUGCGUUUGGAUGUUUGAGAUGGAUUGAGCCUACAGAGUCAUGUCAUCAAUGUGAUCCAUGAGUGAUCAAAGUGAGGAGGAAGAAUUGCACUGAAAGAGCAGUAUUAAGCUACGGUAGAGUAGGGUUUGUUGCAAAGUUUAGUCAGAUUGGCACAGAGCGAAUCUAGUUGUGGUCAUAUUGGAGACAUUUUUCAUAUUGAUACUGGCCACUGAGAGGGUUUAUUAUCAGAUGGUGCAUGGCUUUGGACAAUAUUUGAGCGUGCAUGUUUUGUAGUUUGAAGUGUUUGUGGGGAACAACCUCAUUUCCAAAGCAGUGGGGAUACUUUCACUGCAGCUGAGGAGAAAGAAAAGGAGAGGCAGAUUUAUUCUGACCUACUAUGUUUUAACCAUCUGCCAUAUGCCAAAUAACUACUGUCAGUCUCCAAAAUAGUCAGUCGGUCAAACCGUUUGACCUAACACUUCAUUAUCACAAUCAUUAAUCAAUCAGUCAACUAAGCUAGUUAUCCCUUUGGAUAAUCAAGCAUCCACAAAAGUCAACCACAUUGCCAAACAGUCCUCUGGACAGCCAGAUAGAUAACCAGUCAGUAUUCAGUUAUCUAAUAUGGCUGGUUAAUUAUCCAUUUAUCCAGUUAUCAUUAAAGCUAACAAGCCAAUUAGUUUAUUCAGUUAACUACUACUAUUAAUUUAUUAUUAUUAUAUAAUUAAUAACUGUUCAGUCAGUGAGUUUCAUGGGCAUUUCCUCCGUCAGUCCUACUGUAGGUGUCAGUUAUUCUUUCUGUUGGCUCUUUUUAACUGUCAGUAUUAACCUAUGCCACUGUGUUUCUGGCCCCAGCAUGGAGGCCAGCUCUAAUUCAUUCACUAUCACAGACUGUGGAGCAACUCACAGUUUCCUGUGCGUUUCCUUUCUUUCUUUGUUCCCUUCCUCCCCCACUUUAAUUUCUUCUAAUAGAACUUAUUCAUCCCAGUCAGAGGUCAGUUUUAAUAACUUCUUUUGUGCGUUACUUACAACAGUGCAUUAAUACAUUAAGGUGCUUUCAGACUCAGCAGUUGUUGCUGCCCAGGAACUACACCUAGCAUAUUCCACAGCAACAUCGCCACAGAUACAAGUAAUACACUGUAUGUCACAUAAUGUCAUUUUAUUUAUUACACAGCUCUGUUGGUGUUAUAAUCUGUGAACUGUACAACAUGUUCUGACUCUCCAAUCCCACCAACAUCACCACCGCCUCCUGCUUUACUGCUAGUUUGUUAAAAAGUUGCUACUGAUGGAUUUCCAAAACAAAACGCAGCUCCAUUUUGUCUGCUGUCAUGACUGCUCCAGGUCGCACUGACAGCGAUGGAUUUCAAAGAUAACUGGGGCUGGCGAGUCUAUUUGAGUCGCCAGCUGAAUCCUACGUCACUUCAUUCGCAAACAUUUUGCGCUUUCAAAGCUUAAAAUGAGUCAUCAGACUGGCAACAAUCAGAUCCUGUGGCAGCUCCUAGUCUGAAACCACCUUCAGGAAGUGCUUGUGUCUAAAGUGAGACAGAAAGAGAGAGAGACUACAAUGACUCCUUCUCACAUUUAUUGACAAGUGACCCAAAUACUGUGGAAUAGAUAGAAAAAGUCAUAUGCUAUUAAUACAGAGCAGGAUUUCUUUGCGUCUUUUUUUCUUCUUCUUUUCUUUUUUCCCCUGUGUCUACCCCCAAUGUCCACUGGUUGCAGACAGUCUGCUGCCAACUCCAAGUUCAGGGCCUAUUUGUGCUGGGACUGCUGUUGUCUCUGAAGUGCAACAUUUACAUUUGAAUGUAUGUACUGCCUACAUAAUGACAGUUGACAGGAACAUUCAUAUUUAAUGUUGUCUUAAUUUGUUAUUGAUAUGUCUUUCUGUUCAUUUAUGUCACCUCUCCAGUUAAGUCUGAAAAGCAGGAGAAGGAAUGUUUCAGUUUUAAUUCUGCUAAUAUACACUACUCAGAUAGAUACAAAGAUGGCAUGCACUCCAUAACUCAAAGUGUUACUCCAAUGAUCAUAACUGAGCUGCACUUGUGUUUGUGUGUAUGCAUGUAAAACACAAAAAAUGUCAGCCAAACCACUCAAAACAAUAUUUGAAUAUUAUAUUCAUUUUAUAUUUGGCUGCUUGAACAGGAACACUGUGCAGCCACAUCCAGUGGACAUUCGGGGUUAGAAGAUUUUUCAAAUGGAUCAAAUAUGUGCAAACAUAGUUCUUGAAAGUCACACAAUGUCCUAAUAGCUUCAAGCGAAAAAUGUUCACACAUUCAGACCAUGCUCCUCUAUUUUCUGUUGGCAUUUCUUUUUUUUAUCAGCACAAUUAACUGCUUCACUCAGGUCUUUCCAAUGCAUUCAGCUGUUCCCUGUUUUCCUGAAGUGUCAGUGGGUCACUCAAGCCUAAAGUUGUACCUAUCUAUCACAAGUAAGGUGUUUCCAUAUUUCACUGUGAUCCAUUGCUGUAUACAACAGCCAAGAAGCUAUGCAGUAUCUCUCAGUGGCUGCUGUUUACAUUCCUCAUGUUGAAAUGGAAUAAUCCACCUUCAGAAAUAAGAGGUAUUCCCUGUGUGUAACUACUCAGAAAAGUAAAUUAAGCCAGUUUUAUCAGUGGUCUCAAUGCUUUGAGGACUUAAAUUGCAUUGCAAAAAUGUUCCCAUUGCAAAGGGUUUAGAAGUAUAUUUAAUUACAUUUUUAUCUGUAAUGCAGCUUUCUGUAUACCUUUGAUAUCUGUGGGCUAACACAGAAACACCACCAGUAAAGUGACUUCAUCACUGUCUAGUGACAUCACCACCACUAACAGUGAUGUAAUUUUACAACACACUGUUUACUGUGACAUCCAUGCUGCUUCUUCCAACGUCACUGCCUCUAUUUAUGGCAAAAAAAAAGAGAAAAAAAAAGAAACUUGACACACCCUUGUGCCCUCUGCUGUGAUGUCACGUUUUCACAAGUGAUAUCAUCACUUCUUGUUGUGAUAUUAGUGCUGUGUGCUUGGACAGUUACCACCUCUCACUGUGACAUCGACAGACAGAAACAACUCAUAGUCGGUAUUAUUCAGAGAAGGUUGUGUGGUCUUUAUUUGGAUUUAUUAAUAACAUUAAUAGUGAGAAAUCCAACAGUUGUUAUAGGCCACAGACGAGGAUCUUGCUGCUGAGAAUUGGGCAAACAUCAUACAGGAAUGCUCUAAUGCUCCAAAUAGAAUAAUGUCACUGUGUUGUGGGAUGUCUCAGCUAUGCUUAUUUUGAUUAUAAAACUGAAUUCUUGGAAUUGUUUUGCAGGCCAUGUCCACACUAAGUCAGAUUGAUUUCGAAUUGGAUCAAUUUUUUUUUAUUUGGGCCUUCUUUCUACACUCAAAAAGUUUAAGCUGCUUCUGCUGCAUUUCACUGUGUAGGGACACCGGACAGUUUCAAAAAUAUUAAUGUACAAUUAUCAUGUGAUUUGGUGUAAAAGGUCUGGUUCAAGUUUUCUGUGCAUGGUGUUAUAGAGUGGCUUAUAGCUUUUUAAUUUUAAUAUUGUUUUUGGGUUUGACACAAACAUAAAACUGUUCACUUCAAUGAAAUAUUCCAAUGUAUCCACUUUAGUGUGGACAUGGCCUCACAUAGUGAGUUUGUCUGUUCAGUAGGCCUAUAUCAAAUUUCCUCUGCUUCACUGUAAUCAAUGCUGUACUUGCAGUCUAAGGAUGAGUGAUUUUUUUUGUGAACAAAUAAAAAUAAAAACAUUUUCUUCAA